AUGGUGAGAUUUAUGGUAUUAUUGGCUUCUGUUAUUGCAUUGUUGUUAUGUAACAUAGGAUAUGCAGCGUCACAUCCACCAACAUCAUCGGUAUCAUACAACGUGGUAAACUUUGGGGCAAAACCCGACGGAAAAACCGAGUCGACUCAGGCGUUUCUGCGCGCUUGGGCGUCGGCAUGCAGGUCACUCCGGCCGGCAACAGUUUACGUGCCCAAGGGCAAUUACUUGCUUAAGGCAGUGGUGUUCAACGGGCCAUGCAAGAACAGAAUCACGGUGCGAAUCGACGGCACGCUCGUUGCUCCUACCGAUUAUUGGGCCUUGGGAAACUCCGGCUACUGGAUCUUGUUUAGUAAAGUCGACAGGAUUUCGGUCAUCGGCGGCAAGAUUGACGCCAAGGGAGCUGGCUUCUGGGCUUGCCGGAAUUCCCGCAAGAAUUGCCCCGUCGUCGGAGCAAGGUCGAUGACAUUCAAAAGGGUAAAUGGCCUGGAGGUGAAUGGUUUACAAUCCUUGAACAGUCAGACAAUGCACCUAGUAAUCAACCACUGCAAAAACGUUGUAAUUCGCAACGUGAGGAUAAUAGCCCCAGAUAAGAGUCCCAACACCGACGGCAUCCACGUCCAGCACUCCACCGGGAUCACCAUCACCUCUAGUAGUUUGAAGACUGGCGACGACUGCGUAUCAAUCGGUCCAGGUACAACAAACAUGUUCAUGGAUCGAUUAGUAUGUGGCCCUGGACAUGGUAUCAGUAUCGGAAGUUUGGGUCGGUUUGCAGUAGAAGUCGGUGUGCAAAACGUAACACUGAUAAACUCUCUCUUCGUCGGAUCCCAAAAUGGAAUCAGGAUAAAAUCAUGGGCACGACCAAGUACUGGGUUUGUCAAGAACAUCAACUAUCGCAACAUUGUUAUGAAGCAUGUGAAAAACCCCAUAAUCAUCGACCAGAACUACUGUCCAAAUAACAUUGGUUGUCCUAAACAGACAUCUGGAAUAAAAAUCAGUGGAGUGACAUAUAAGAACAUACAAGGAACAUCUAAGACAAAAGUUGCAAUGACAUUUGAUUGUAGCCCCAGCCAAAAAUGCAGAGGGAUAAAGUUGCAAGAUAUAAAGUUGAAGUAUUAUUUGAACAAUCAGAAGGCACAAUCCACCUGCAAAAACAUUCAAGGAACUACCACUGGAGUCAUCUUACCAUAUAAAUGCCUUUGA